AUUUUCAUAAGAUGGCAAUUACAAGACCUUACGUAUUAAUAUACCAUCUAUUUAUUCUAUUGAAUAUACUUCCAUUUUCUUGUGGUUUUGGAUAUGAUUUUACAUUUGAACUUGAAGACAAUGCCAAGACGUGUUUUUCUGAAAUAUACGAUGAAUCUGAGCUGAUUAUAUUUGAAUAUAGGGUGAUUCGAGGAGGAAAAAUGGACGUUGAUGCUAAAGUUGUGUCUCCAAAUGGUAAAAUUCUGUAUAAACAAAAACAAAGGCAAGCAGACACGUAUGAAUUGGAGCCACAAAAUGGAGAAUUUAAAUUUUGCUUCAGUAACGAGUUUUCCACCAUUAGUCAUAAAGUAGUGUUUUUCAGUAUCAGACCUAAAAAUGUGAAAUCUCUGUCUGGCCAAUUAGGAAUUAAAAUUCCAACAGUCAAGUCUGCAACAGAAACCUCCUUCGAUACUAUUAAUGAAUAUAUGAACACAGUUUACGAUUUCCAAAGAGUGUAUCGACUGAAAGAAGCAAUCGGUCGCCAUCUUGCUGAAAAUCUCAGUACUGGAGUGUUAUAUUGGUCAAUUUUUCAGACUAUCAUUGUUGUUUCUACAGGAUUCGGACAAGUUUUAAUUUUAAAAUUUUUAUUCACUGAAAAGCGGACAAAUAAUGCGAAGGUGGACAAAUAGUUUGUUUGUAUCACAACGUCAUCAUUAUAGUAGUGUCGUAAUCAUUUUGUUUAUUACAUUGUAUAUUAAUAUAGUUAUGAUUAUUAUAUUUCUAUAGAGUAAUUUCCGUCUUAUAUUGCAUCAGCUAAUAAAAUGAGUUUUUACACU